GCUGCUAUGUAGUGAUUCGCCCCAUUCACUUUGCAUAGCUACCAGCUUGAUUAACCUUAUGGUAUACGCGAAGGCUUUUCGUGUGUGACCUCUACCACCUUCUACUCUUGUACAGUAUAGCGAAGAAGACUGCUUUCAUUUAAGCAUCUUCAUUAUGGUUUUGAUAGUAGAACGUAUCUCUAUGUCAGCAUGCAUCAUGCAUGAUAUGAGGGGUAGGAAUAAGGAUGAGGUCAGUCAGCCUCCAACCAUCGAGUCUGACAUUCUUUCCUUUUCACCCUCUACAAAUUUCACAGCAACUCGUCUGCACAAAAAGUAGUUUGUAUGUUAAAAAGCCUCUUCCAUACGAUAUUUUAUUACUGACAAACUGUAAGCUUUACUCCCGCAGCAAAUUCACUCAAAGUCUCUUGUUGUGAUAUGAAUCUUUCCCACCUUCUACAAUCAAUAGCUGUGUGAUGGAAAUCGCAAAUGAGCCCGGAUUCUCAUCACCAAUCCCCCAAUCGCAAAACUCUAAACUCAACUUUCUCGACCUUUCCAUUGAGAUACGGCUCAAAAUAUACGAGGAACUUCUAGUCGUUCCAGAACCACUAUCACUCAUAUUGAGUUCAAGCCCAGGCGACCGAACAAAAUCAAUCAUCAUCAGACAAGGUAGCACCUGCCCAUCUCCCCAGCUAUUGCGAGUCAAUCAACAAAUCCAUCGCGAAGCUACUCCUUUGUUGUAUCGCAAGAAUCGCUUUCACCUAUCACGUUUGCAUCGCGACUUUGGAGUUUACAUGAUGCCGUCUAAUCACGGCAUCGUGAAAUUCCUUACCCGGGUGGGUGAUUACAAUGCCGGCAUGAUUCGGCAUCUGGGUAUCUAUUUUCCAAUAUGUACAACCGAUCUCGAUCUGAUCAAGAAAGAAGCUCUGGAGUCUAUUCGCAAUAAGUGUACUGAUCUGACGACGGUGAAAAUUCUGGUGUGGAAUAGCCCUGAUCUGGAUGGAACUUACGGGAGAGUUGGAUUUGAUGAGGCUAGUGAUAACAUCCCCCUCGUGCAAGAUUUGAAGAUGAUAGAUGCGGAGCUGAAAAAGAUUUCUUCGCUGAGAGAGAUUGCCGUCGACUUUUGUAUCUUGUACUGGUGGUCAAGAGCUGAGUUUGAGGAUUGGAUGAGAAAAAUGAUGUGUUAUUGUGGUUGGGAGGUUCAGCUUACAAUGGAAGAGACGCCGGAUUCAGAUGAUAGAGAUCCUCGUCUCACUGAGUAUAGGUCAUUUGACUAGUCAUAGACUAUAGGAAAGUGAUGGAUGGCAUGAGAAGAGAGCCAUGAGUAGCAGUAUUUGAGCAGAGUUUGACCGUUUACAAAAGCGGAAAUUUUGUGUGUGUGUGCGUGCGUGUUGAUUCUGCAAACAGCCUAGAAGAAGUGAUUUAGAGUCAAGAUGUAAGUUUAGAUAGACGGUCAGUAUUCAAUACUGUACAAUCUUGAUUUCGAGUCCUGUGGAGAGCGAGAUAAAUGACGAGAGGGAUAAAUCCAGCCCAGAGCAUUCCUCCCGCGGUUUAUCCAGCAGGGCACCAUAGUAAUGGACUUUGAUAUCUAUCGCAGACAUCUAAAUUUACUACUUGCA